AGCCGGCCUGUGUCGGCAAUGGCGGCUGCGGCGGAGGCUUCCCCUUCGUUGAGGGGCAUGGAGGCAGAUCAAGCAAGCCAAGAGGAGGAGGAGGAGGAAGAAGAAGAAGAAGAGGGCGAGGAGGAGGAGGAGGAGGAGGGCGAUUGGCAGUACGAUUCCACCUGGGAAGAGGAGGAGGAAGAGGAAGAGGAAGGAGGGCAGCCGGAGGGAGAUCCGGGAAGCAAGGCUUCGGAGGCGGCUCCCCCAGCAGCGGGGACCGAAGAGGCUAAAAAUCGAGAGAAGCAGAGCUGGUGGUUGCCCAGCCCCAAGUGGGCCUCCUUUAGCCAGAUUUUUAACAGGUUCCUGUUUCAAAAUAUUCCCAAAGUUGUAACAAGUAUUACCACUGAGAUAACUUACCUUCUGAGCCCAUACAGACGCAACUGGACGGCUGCAAAAGAUAUGCAGAAAUAUAGGCAGCAUUAUCCGGGUUUGGAAGAAACUGAAAUCAAAGAGGAGGAAAUGUGGAAUCUGAGCUUUUACAAAAACGAGAUUCAUUUCUUGCCUCGUGGCCUCUAUAUUGAAGACCUCCUUGAGAUGUGGCAGAAUGACUAUGCAACUCUGGAGGAAAACCAUUCAUAUAUUCAGUGGCUGUUCCCUUUGCGUGAGCAGGGGAUGAACUGGCGUGCAAGGCUCCUGACAUGCCAGGAAAUAGAGGCCUUCAAGAAAUCUAAGCAGGUCAUGGAUCGGUUUGUCCGGGCGUACAAGCUCAUGCUGGGAUUUUAUGGAAUCGAGCUGGCCGACGAGGAAACGGGAGAAUUGAGGCGCGCGGAGAAUUGGCGCGAGAGGUUUGAGAACCUCAACCGAUACAGCCAUAAUAAUUUGCGGAUCACUCGCAUUUUGAAAUGCUUGGGAGAGAUGGGCUACGAACACUACCAAGUGCACUUGGUAAAGUUCUUCCUAAGACAGACCCUGGUUUGUCAGGAGCUCCCGAGGGUGCGGAGAAGCACCUUGGACUACUUCAUGUUCACUGUCCGAAGCAAGGAGAGGCGGCGGGAGUUGGUGCACUUUGCGUGGCGACACUUCAAGCCGAAAAGGGAGUUUGUCUGGGGGCCUCGAAGGAAGCUCCGGAGAUUCAAACUUCCGUCCCCAGAGGUCUUGAGCGACCGGGGGCUCGGAAGAGACCGAGAGCCUAGCAGGAAGGACGCUGGAGAAGCAGAGGAGAAAAACGAGACUGAGACGCCAAAUCAAGUAUGCCAGAGACUCGACGAAGAGCCUACAAAGGAAGGAGUUGGAGAAGGAGAAGAGGGGAAGGAUGGAGCUGAGCUGCAAAACCAGACAGAGAGCAUAAUGGAUAAGAAUCCAAGCAGGCAGCCUGUAUCCGAAGCUAGCUCCGAGCUGAGCGUUUCGUCCAAUGACUCUGCACCAGAUGAAGUUAGCAAGAGUGAACCUCUCUCCACUAUAGAAGGUGAUGGGUUGCAGGCUGGAGAUGCUACAGAGCCCCAAGCGGGGCCGGCAAGCGAAUGUAGGCCUUCAGAAAAGACACGCCAACCUAGCCCCCCGUCAACGGCAAACGGCAAAGUGGAGAAGGGCAGCGGUCAAGAAGAUGCGGCAGUUUCGCUCCUUCAGUCGGAAAGAAAGGAUGUCGCGGACGAGUGCGGGAGCGGAGCAGAUGGCGAGGUUGGCAAGGAGUCCAAGAAGAGGAAGUUGAAAGUGGAGAAGUUGAGUGGGGAAAGCGCCGGGUUGUUGAAGAGCCCCAGCGACAUUGAGAAGAUCUCGGUCAAUCUCGGAGAGGUUGUGAUUGAUCAGGAACACUUGGAGAAGGCAAAACCGCCGCUGCCCGAAGGAGGCGGCGGAGAUGAUCGAGGUGCAAAGGAGGCCGACUCCGUCGAUGCGGUGGCGAAAAGGCGGAAAGUGGAGGCGAAGGCGCCGGAAGGCGGAGCCUCAAACUCGCCUGCCAAGGCGGGCGUUGAGGUGGCGCCCUCUGAGGGCCAAGUAGCAAAUGACAUCAUCCCCACCAGUGAGAGGACAGAUCGCGUCUGCGGAGAUGGGAUCGAAAUAGCCGGCGAGGCUUCUGUACACGCCCUGACUGGGUGUACAGCGUCCAGUGUGGAUUUACUGGCGAAUUCCAAAACUAGCACUGAGCCUGGCUUUGCAUUGGCCGGCGGCGGGCCAGACAAAACGAAGGAGCCAGAAAUGGCCUCUGCGACGGAAGGCAUGGGAGCUCCGCCCUGUGUGACCCUGCCAGCCAAUGAGAGGGAGGUGGAGGGUAGCGCAGGAGAAAAAGAGGGGGGCACGGAAGGAGAGGUGGAGGAUGCAGCAGAUAGGAAGGAAGCGGCUAAAGUGGAGGAGAGCGCAGACACCGUAGCGAGGCCGGAAGGCGGAGAAUAGCUGCGUCCCAAACAGUAUGUAAGUGUCCCACUGGUCCUAAAGGCAGGUAAUAGGGCAUAUCUUCUAGCAAACUGAUCAGAACGGUUCUUUUCACUGUGUGUGUGAGUGUGUGUUUGCUUGGUUGGUUCCCCCCUCCCUGUUUUUUUUGGUGUGUUUUUUUGUAUGACUGUUUAUAAAGCCAAGACCCCAACGGGGUUACCUUAGCUAAGAUGAAGGCUUCAAGAUGAAGAACCCCCAGUUUAAGUUGGUGACUUGCAUACCCGGGUUUUCUGAAUUCUAACAGAAUGUGUGUGUGUGUGUGUGUGUGUGUGUGUGUGUGUGCGCGUGUGUGCGCGUGCGUGCUUUUUAAAUGAUUUCAGACAGCUUUGGUUUUAAAGAGAGUUGGGGAUGGGUUUUUUUUUUUAGCAGUUGAAUACAAUUUAAGCCACUUUGUGGGCGUAUUUUUCAGUGUUUACUAGAUGAUCCAAAAGAAACUCUUUGUUAAAUUAACUUUGUUUUUGUUAAAUAAAUGGCUUAACUUUUG